CACCAUCCACUACACAUGGAUUUAUGGCGUCCGCUAUAGUGAAGAAACACCGCAUAAAAUAUCCCAGCCACAACCACCGGUCUUCCGCCAUUUUGAAUUAACAAAAAAAAUGUUCUCCAUCGCCCGCCGUCCGAAAUCGCAGAAAAACAAAUCGAGCACCAUAAAAAGCCUAAAAAUUAAAAAGAAAAUCGAGCUUAUCGAAAAAACACCCAACCUGUGUUCCUUCGAAAUUUAAAAUUUCAAACGGACGUUCAGAAGUUACCAUUUUUCGAGUCUUUUGAAAAAAGUAAAAGUUAAAAAUAAAUUUAGAAAAAAAAUAAAGCUUUAAAGAAACUUUUUGGAUGAAAAUCCUUUUUUUGGGAGUAAUAAAAAAAUAGUUGCCUUCUUGUAGUCGUAGUGUGAUUGGUCCAAUCUCUUGUAUAUUCUAAGGAACAAUAAAAUCUCCGUAAUUAUUUUUGUUGAUGUAAAAAGUAUAAUUUUAACUGUAAUAUAUAGUAGGAGUGUAAUUGGAGCAAGUGAGUGAGCGCGCCAUCUUUAAACCAUGGAAAAAUCGGACCCUGAGAAGAGCAGUGGCUCGGAAGAAACGACUCAACUGAAUAGAAAUAGGAGCUUCAAAUCAAAACAACUCGUGCGCAGCCAAGCGAUCCGCGAGUCGACGUCGCCGCCCCGCACCGUCUCGCCGUCGGUGGUCAUCGACCGUGACCCCGCCGACCCCGGCCCCAGUGACCCUGUCGACCCUACUGACUCCGGCGACCACGCUGACCCCAGAAGUGAUAACGUGUCUAGUCAUGGCAGUGAUGAUAUAUCUAGUGGUGUUAACGCGGAGUAUAGUGAUGACUGCAAGAAGCAGCCGGUUGAGAUUCAGAUAACCGGCGGCGCGUGGGAGGACUCCCGCCCGGAGCGGCGCACGCGUCGCUGGGCGUCGUCGCGCAGCAGCCACCUGCUGUCCAACAACCCGCGCGUCUCCUGCGUCUGCGGCGCCUGUCACGCCUGCCCGCACUGCCGAGGUCGCCGGCGGCGGCAGGCGUGCCCCACGAAGCAGGACUCCGGCAUUGUGUGCUCGGAUGACUGCCCAGAUUGCUCCGACACCGAGCCGAAUGGUGGUACAAACGCGGAAGGCGGCAGGACGUCAAGCAGUCUCGACGCGGAUGAGACAUUUUAUUGCAGGUGUCCAGAACGAAAAGAGAAACCAAAGAGUAUAUCAUUAAGUAGAACGGACUCAGAUGAGAAAUCCGAGCCGACCGGCCCCGAACUGAUCAGCUUCAUCCGACACACGCUCAACAAGAAUCCUCGCGACCGCAUGACGCUGCUGAAGAUCGAGAAGGAGCUACACGCCCUCGUGUUAGAUACAGGUCGCUGCAUAGUGCGGUUCCCGGUGAUGACGUCAUACGGGCGCAUGCUCGUGCACCGCUGCGCCGCGCUGUUCCAGCUGUCGCACCACCUCGACCAGAACAACAAGACCUCCGUGCUGGUCUCCAAGAGCGGUACGUGUGGAGGGCGAAUCCCGUGUACCAGCUUCAAGCAGUGGUGCACCAUGAGCUUCCCGCCGAGCCCGCAGCGACAUGACGUCACACAUGCCAAGUCCAUCCUGAAACGCGACACGCACUCCCUGGACGAGCCAGGCGGAGGCUCCUUGUCAGCAGCACGAAGCAAGUCGCUGGAGCAACGUGAACGCGAAUACGAAAGAGUGAGACGCAGGAUAUUCAGCUCGGACAAUUGUAACCAGGACGAGUCCCAGUGGCAGUGGUUGAACUCCGGACAAAUCAAGCUGCUCACCCCGGAAGGAGGCAGGAACAGGCUACUCAAGGUGCAGUCCCUAGAAGGCGCUGGUCCCAGUUCAGGGUCCGGCCAGCGAGGCCCCGUCUCCAAGAGUCACAGCUUCGGAGGCUACGGAAGACCACAACCGGACCCGCCGCGACUGCUCAGCCGGCAAGGGGACCUGGCCUCGAGCAGCUGGCGGCUGUCUCCUUCUAGCUCAGGGUAUCGCACGCUCAGCCUGCAUAGCACAGACUCCGUCACACCCUCGCCCACAGGUGGCGCAUCCCCGGAGCCCGCCAACCCUGAGGGCGUGGCCGUGGUGUGGGCGGUCACUGACCUCUCCGCCGUGCCGGCCGGCGCGCUCGUCAUCCACCCACAGACCGGGCGGCCCUUGACCAACCCGGAUGGGAGCGUGUACCACUUCGACCCCAACAACCCGCCCAUACUGAAUGACGCCAACGUCUACAUGCCUGACCAGAAGACAGAGACGAAUUGCGAGAAGAAGCGAGGGAGGUUGGAGAAACAACAUUCUUUCAUUGACAACGAUUGUGAAUGCCAGCCGAGCGAGGAGACCCGCAGCAAGUGUUGCUGCGAAUGUCGACGCCAUGACUCCUGUUCCAGGAACAACACAGAAAAGAAUACAACGAAUUCUGAACAGAAACCGCAUCAAAACCCAACGAGUCCGUGCAAAAACCGUUACGAACAACCAGUUGAAGCUUCGUCUAAUCACAACGCGCCGCCCGAACCGCCGACCAAUCACAGACCGACUUACGAAGCGGCGACCAAUCAGAAGCCAGCACCAGAAAAUCCGGCCAAUCAACGCCAAGCAUACGAUGUGACAAAUCAGAACUACAAUCCUGCAACCAAUAUCCGACCAGCAUAUGACGUGAGACAUGAAGUAGCCAAUCAGAGAGCGUUUGAGAAUCGACCGCAGUCGUUCGAAGCUAGUCAAAAAUUUGAACCGACCAAUCAAAGGGCGCCAAAUGACGUGGCCAAUCAUAGACAGGCGAAGUUGUCCAAUCAGGGAACGCCGGAACUCCAGUAUGUGACGCAGCAGUAUCCACAGGUGUUUUCACAUGAAGAGGUGACGUCAUCACCGCAGGCAGGUCCGCCAUACAUGCAGCAAGAGUUGGCGCAGCAACUUCCGAUCAAACAGAUGGUUCAAGACCCUAACAUGCGCGUGAUAUACCCCGGCGUGGCUCAAUACCAGUUCAGCUCGCCACUACCGGUGUACCAGCCCGCCGAGGAGCCGAAACACGACCCACAUGCUCCCACAACCAUCGAGCCGAACUACGGGUACGCGGCGCUGGAGUACGCGCCGGCGGCGGCGUGCGCGGGCUGCGUGGAGCCCCGCGUGUACCCCGCGCUGUACGCCCCCGUCGACCCCCUCGUGCAGUACCCCCUACACCACCACUACCCGUACCAAGAACAACUACAAUGGCCGAACAUGCAAGGAGUCGUUCCCCUGCAGGCGCCGCACGCGCAGCAGACAGUACCAAAACUGUUUGUACCAGAGCUGUACCCAGUCAUGCAGUACCCAGUUUACCCACAAUACAACGUCAUGUACCCACAGCAGCAGGUGGUGCCGCCUGCCUACCCCGCGUGCAGCGCGCCGUGCAGCGACCGCCGCGCCGCCGCGCCUCCCAGACACUCCAAACGAAACUCUAUCUCAGGAUCAUCACGAAACACCCCCUUACUGACUCCGCCGGACGACAAGAAAGUGCCUUACGAAGACCACUCGCAACAGCCACACCCCCAGCACCCCCAGAGUCACCCCCAGACCCCCCAGGUGACCCGCCAGGACUCCAACGACAUUGCGGUGAAGAUACAACAGAUUAAGGAUCAGAUGGCCCAGUUGAACACGAGGGAAAGAGAGAAGUAUCCACGUAGAGAAGAGUGGAGAAGGAAUAGUGGAAACGGGAUUCUGGGCAGUUAUCCCGCGAACAACUACAAUGGAAGAGUCAUGGGUCCCCGCAACGAUGAGUCUCAGCUGAGCACAGCGGCGCGUGCCAUCGUCAACUCCAUCCGCAGCAUGCAAGCCAAGAACCACUACCCCGACCGUCGCCCGGAGUACAGCCAACCCCGCUGCGAGGCAGGGCGCGGGCCCCGCGCGCGGCCCGACAAGCCGGAGCGAGGCGACCGCCCGGUAUCCGUGCCCUACCACACCAACUAUCUACUCAGACAGAUGUCUCCAGGGACGUGGUGCCGACGAUCCCCAGGGCCAGUCCAUCCGCUAUUAAACAACCCUCGAAGACCGCACCCAGACACGCGCAAUGGACGACGAUAAAUUGCCCGGUGUUGUACUAAACUAAUUACGUCAUUAUAUCCAGUAAGGUGAACGGGAAUAAACAUACAAGCAGUAUAAUUGUAGCACAUUCAGUUACAGAAGAAAUUCACAUUAUUAUCUAUAGUAAGGCCAGCCAACCAGACGAGAUAAAGAAUGUAAACAAAGUUUCAGGGGAUCAAAACAUUUUUAUUUGAAUAAAUUAUUAUAAAGUUCGAAUUUUAUGUUUUGUUUUGAAUGGGUUUUGGCGUCAAUAAUAAACUGCAGCGAGUAUGAAGAGUCUGAUUCUAUGUCUAUUUCCGUUCAACGAUCGAUUGACAAUGUAACAAUGAGGAUAAAAACUAGAAGUUAGAAUGUAGGUGGCAGCACUGUUGAGUGUUCCUAAAUAUUGACAGUUCUCCAUACUGUCCAGCUAAAAUUCGUGAUAAAUUGCUAUAAAAUGUUGAGCAACGUGAGAGUGUAUCCCGUCUGAAGGAUGAGUUACGAAAAAAGAAAAGCAACCAGUUGGAUAAAGGCAGUUGUGAUUGAAAAUAAAGGUUUUCCAAGUAUCCUUCUUUCCGAUCUUUAGGGAAUAAAUAUAACAGUAUGAUUUUGCAGUUCAACGCUGCGCAAAGGGUUAUAGUGUAAAUAUAUAACCAAAACAAUAUGUUUGUUUACUCAAAUAGUAUGGGGAACUGUCAAAAUUUAAGAAUACUCAACAGUAGCGACACCUGUUGGAAGAAAUAGGCAGUUUUUAUUCUCGAAAGAAAACGGGAUUUUGUUAAAAAUCACAUAAGAUUGUGAUUUUACAAAAUGGCGGUUAUGGUGUUUUCAGCAUGGUAUAAGAAAGCCAGGUUUGCUCAAAAGUGACAGCUAACAUUUCAAGGUUAGACCAGCUGACGUCAUCCCGCCCUGUGUUGCCAUUU